UUAGAACGAACCUCUCCUCUCCUCUCCAUUUCCCUUAUUCUCUCCUUUCGAAAACCCUAAUUUCUCUUAAUCUCUCCUUAUACGAUGACCAGUUGAAAUCUGAGGAAGAAAGAUGGAAAUGGAGACAGAUGCUUGCGAUGUAAACCAACUGGAAUCCGAUGUGCUUCUUCCUCCUCGGAAGCGUUUGCUCGCUGGAUUGAAGAAGCAGAAUUCAAACGGCAAUGAAUCUCCGAGCCAUCCACCUCCUGCAGCAGGCGGUGGUGCUUCUUCCUCCUCUGCUUCCGCCAAUGCCCAGACCCAUCUCGACCAUAUAUUGGCCUCACAUCUCAACGACCCAAAUCUCACCCCGGAGGAGAUUGCUGAGUCCUCGAGGUCCGCUGCAGCAGCCGCCGCCAUGGCCGCCAAGGCGGCUAGAGCUGCUGCUGAAGAGAAGGCCUUGAUCGCUUCCAAGGCCAUUGCUGCUGCCAAGAGUGCUUUAGAAUUUUUUUAUUCGUUCCCCGAGGAGGCCAUCAAUGGGAAGGAGAGGUCUCCGAGGAGGAACAAGCAGAAGAAGCAUGUUCCAGUUGAGCUAUUGUAUUCGAAUACGAGAGAUCCAAGUGCUCCGGAUGAGGAUUUAGCCCGUAGGUUGCACCGAGCUAUGAAUAUUUCGUCUAGAGUCUUGAGGAAUAGCUCUGGUCACAAGAACAAGAAGCAUAAGGCCAUGGUUACUUCUGAGAAUCCGAGGGUUGGAGUUGGUAGUAGUAUAGUGUCUGGUUCUAUGUUCGGGGAACAUGACAUUGCUGGGGUUGUGGAUUCAGACAGCUUGGACGAGGAAGAUGGUGUAGAUAGGACCAGAGCAAGCGAGAAGACACCCGUCUGCGAAAAGGGCAGGAGAUCAAAGCCGGACAACAUGGAAACAGAUUCGACUCCAUUGAAGGACAGAGCAGUGGAAGAAAGUAGCUCGUCGGGCAAGAGAAGGGGAAGAGUGAAGCUAAAGAAGCUGCCUUUGAGCAUUUGCAACACCAAGGAUCAAGAAAAACACAAAGAAGAUGGAAUAAGCAAACUCUCCGAAUCUACAUUGCCUGUUUCCGGACACAGAAACAGCGGGAAAUCGGAUGGGGUGAUCACGGUCGUGUCAGGGCCGUCGUGGAAGUGCCAAGACUUGAAGGCUCCUGAAUGUGCAAAGCAGAACAAAGCCGUACGGUCGUAGCGAGUGUCGACACAAAGAUCGGUUCAGUGUGUUUUUUAGAUGAGGUAAGAAGUUCAGAUUCAACAGCUUAUGACAUU